CGGCGGCUGCUUGGUUUACGGCAGCGUGGCGUCGCCAUGGCAGGAGGCAGGAUCUUCGUCCAGAGCGACUGGGUCCGAGCUCUGCGGGAGAAUGAGAGGGAAGCGUGGGUUUCCUGUAAAAGACCCGGAACAGCUACUUUAUAUGGCUGUAUUAAGUGUCAAGGAGUUGGAAAAGAUGGGGUCCCAGUGGUAACAGCUUCAGAAGGGUUUGAAGUCACAGAGAUUACAAAGUUUUUAGAAUUUUUUUUUCAAUUACAGAAGAGUAUUCUAAUCUCCUGUCCUGAUGGGAAUGCAGCCUCCAAGUUUCUUAUGCCUUAUACAACCUUUUCUGGAAUACACUCGAAAAGUAUAACCAGUAUGGAUAUUUCUAGUGGUGGAGGGCUGGGAGUAUCUUGCAGCACAGAUGGAACAAUGCGAAUCUGGCAAGCCAACAAUGGAGAAUUGAGGAGAGAACUGGUUGGCCACGUGUAUGAUGUGAAUUGUUGUAGGUUCUUUCCCUCGGGGAUUGUGGUUCUAAGUGGAGGAAUGGAUGCUCAGUUGAAGAUCUGGUCUGUUGAAGAUGGAAAUUGUUCUGUAACUUUGAAUGGACACAAAGGAGGUAUUCUUGAUACAGCAAUCAUAGAACGUGGACGCAAUGUCAUCUCAACCUCCAGGGAUGGAACAGCAAGACUGUGGGAUUGUGGCAUGUCCACUUGCCUUGCAGUUCUGGUAGAUUGUGGGACUCCCAUUAAUGGCUGUUCACUUGAUGUUGCUGAAAACACAGUGAAUUUGGGUUCUCCUGAGCAUUCACCAAGUGAGCGUGAAAUAGGAACAGAGGGAAAAUUGCUACUUUUAGCCCGUGAAGACAGAAAACUGCAGGGCAUUGGACUUCUCAGUAGGCAACCAAUAUUUAUGUUUGAGGGGUCCGAUGCUUUCAACUGUUGUACGUUCCUUUCAAGUACUCAUAUCCUUGCAGGAACGCAAGAUGGUAACAUUUAUCAGCUGGAUGUUCGAAACACAAAAACUUCUUUACAGCUUAUCCAUCGAUCGGGAUCUCCGGCGCUUUCCUUGUUGCCCUGUAGAGAAGGCUUUGUAGCUAGCCAUGGUGAUGGAAGUUGUUACAUUGUUCAACAGGAUCAGGAUUAUGUAAUUGAAUUUACAGGGCCUGACUGUGACCCCAUUUACAAGGUAGUUCUGUGGGAGAAGUUUGCCUACACUUGCUCCAGGGAUAGCAUUGUGAGGAAGUACCAACUGCUGAAUUUCUGAACUCUAUGACAUUGUUCACAAGGAGGGCUCUUCAUUUAAAGAACUGGAACUUUAACCUUUCAAAUACCAUUGUUAAAAGUGCAAAAUAAUAACAUUUGAGUCUUUGAACUGCUGGCCAGCAUGCAGAUGCUGGAAAUUAUGGUCCAAUUUGUACAUGCUAAUAAGUCUAAUACAAGAGGGUGAAUUGCGCAAAAGUUGUUAAAUGAGGUGCUCCUUUGUAGUAAUUGCAUUAUGUCAGUCAUUAUGAAUAUUUUUAUAUACAGGAGAGUAAAACAGUUGCAAAAUGCUGGAACUACUCAGGUCAGGUAUCAUCAGGUAGAAGGCAAUAACGUUAAUACUUCAAGUGAAUAACCAUUCAACGUAACUAUGAAAAAUAAGAGAUGUCAGUGCGUCUUAAGCAAGAUGUGGGUGAGACAACAUGAAAACACCCCCUGUGAAAGGGUAGAAGACAAGCAAGUUUGGCCCUGCAAGUCUAACAGAAUGAUGAUGGGGCAAGAAAAAAAAUGAGAGAUGUGCCUGUAGCAGAUGUGCUAUUUCUGAAUAUGAAAAUAAGAGGGAAGCCAAAGCAUGUAAAGAAAAGUAAACUAAAUCAGAGGACAGAGUUUAUAGUCUGAAAUUGUUGAAGUCACUGUCAAGUGCCUCUUCGAUAGAUUAGGUGCUAUUCUUCAAGCUUACAUUGAGCUUCGCUAGAACAGUGCAGCAGUCAAAGGGCGGAGAUGUCAUUGUGAGAGCAAGGUGGAGAAUUAAAAUGACAGGCUAUGUGAAGUUCAAGGUUAUGCUUGUGGACUGGUAAUUGAUGUUCCUCAAACUAAUCAUCCAGUCUGUGUUUGAUCUCCCCAGUUUAGAGAAGACCACACUGUGAGUAGUGAAUACAGACUAAAUUAAUAGAGCGUGUAAAUCAUUACUUCACCUGGGAGAAGUGUUUAGGCCUUUGGUAAGAAGAGGAGGAGUAAAAAUGUUACAUCUCCUGUGUUUGCAUGUAUCAGUGCAAUGGGAAUGGGACAAGAUGGUUUGAAGAGUGAAUGACGGGAGCACCCCAUUAUUCCCAACCUAUUUUAUUCUCUUUUGAUGUGUGUUUUGAUUUUACUUUUAUUCUUGCUUUCAGACGCCUCUUGGCUCACCUAUGGGUUAUUUUCUUUCUCGAUCACUAUUUCCUGUUUGACCCUGUAAGACUAACUCUUCUGCUAUUCUGUUUCUCCAAUCUUACACUGUAUCAUAAACAUUUUUCUCUUUGUCCCAGCUGCUGCUUGCUGAAAAGAUACUAAAUCUCUAACUUUCCCUAAAAAAUUUGGUGUUUCACUCUCCAAAGAUGCUGCCUGCCCUGCUUUGUAUUCCCAGUAUUUUGUAUUUUUAUUCCAGACUUCUAGCAAUCAUAGUAUUCUGCUCUUUGGUGGUUAAAAAUUACACCGUGUUCUCCAUUCUUUUAAAUUGUCUGUGGAAAUAAUAGAGUUUAGUACACAGAAUUGAGCUGUCAUUACACAAAGAAUAAAGGUUGUUCUGCAGUUGUGUUUCGGCUGUUUCUAAAAAAAAUGUAAUACUUAUAGUCAUGUUGCAAUGCUAUGUUGGCUCAAAAUGUGGUAAGAUGUGUUCCUCAAUUUUUAACAAUUUUUCUAUUGUAAUUAUGCCUUCCAUUUCAUUAAUAAUUUGUUGAUCACCAACAAGUUGUCAAGUCUGUUUGCCAUGGCUGGAAAUUUAAUGUGAAAUUUAAUGUCCUUUUCUUGAUGGGCAUCUAUGUAAGUUCGACUUACAAGAAACAGAGGCUUCUGUUACACCAGUCUAAACAUGUGGACUAAAUAACGCAGAACAAAUGUUGUUCUGUGUGCCAAGUAACUACCUACUGCAAGUAAUAAUUCUGUUGAAUCUUUUACAAAAUUCCUUACGCUAGAUGUGACUAAAUAAAUAUAUUUGGACCUUUUAUCCGCGUUGACUUCUGAGGUGACAUCAAAAAUAUGGCUCACUACUUGUGCUUUUGUUGUACUUACAUUAUUGUAGUGUUUUGUAUUCUUUCAUAGGAUGUGGGUUUCCUAAUCUGGGCCAGCAUUUAUUGUCCAUCUGUUGUUGCCCUUGAAAAGGUGAUGGUGAGUUGCCUUCUGGAACUGCUGCAGUCCAUUUGGUGUAGCUACAACCUCAAUGCUGUUAGGAAAGAUUUUGACUCAACAGAACUGGAGGAACAAUAAUAUAUUUCCAAGUCAGGAUGGUGAGUUGUUUGGACGUAAACUUGCAGGUUAUGCUGUUCCCAUAUAUCUGCUGCCAUUGUCCAAGUUGGUAGUGGUUGCUGAUUUGCAUGGGGCUAUUUAAGGAUUCUUUGUGAAGUUCUGCAGUGCAGUUUGUAGAUGAACUGUGUCAAUGGUGGAGGGACUGAAUGUUUGUGGAUGUGGUGCCCAAUCAAACUGCUUUGACCUAGAUGGAAUCAAAUUUCUUGAGUGUUAUUGCAGCUGUAUUCAUCCAGGCACAUGCAGACUGUUCCAUCACGCUUCUGAACUCUGCCUUGUAGAUGCUAAACAGGCUUUGUGGAAUCAGAACGUGACGACUUUGCUGCAGUAUUUGUAACUUCUGGCCCUGCUCCUGUAGCUACAGUAUGGCUAGUCCUGUUCAGUUUCUGAUCAGUCGUAACUCCAGAAUUAUUUGAUUUGAUUUUAUUGUUACAUGUACUGAAAUAUAGUGAAAAGCUUUGAUUUCGAGCGUAUAGGCAAAUCACAGCAUGCAAAGGAUGUACAGGUCAAAAAGACUUAGAAGCUUCCAGUUACAUUGCAGAUUACAUUAUUUGAGGCUAAAGUCUAUUCAACAGUCUGAUAAUGGCAAGAAAGAAGUUGUUCCUAAAUCUGCUUAAGUUCACAUUCAGGCUUCUGUAUCUUAUAGUUCCUUAUGAUGUAUUUUUCACUGUUUUUAUUCAGUCGUGCGAUGUGGGUGACACUGGAUGGGCCAACAUGUAUUGCCUAUCCUUGGUUGAUAGUGGGGAGAGAGACCCUAAGCUCUUUUUAAAAAGUACCUGAAUCUGUGCCUUAAUUGCUGUAAACUACAGGUUAUGGAUAGAUUAGGGAAAGUCAGCACGGUUUUGUGAAGGGAAGGUCGUGCCUCACAAACCUUAUUGAGUUCUUUGAGAAGGUGACCAAACAGGUGGAUGAGAGUAAACCGGUUGGUGUGGUGUAUAUGGAUUUCAGCAAGGCAUUCGAUAAGGUUCCCCACAGUAGGCUAUUGUACAAAAUGCGGAGGAAUGGGAUUGUGGGAGAUAUAGCAGUUUGGAUAUGAAAUUGGCUUGCUGAAAGAAGACAGGGUGGUAGUUGAUGGGAAAUGUUCAUCCUGGAGACCAGUUACAAGUGGUGUACUGCAAGGGUCGGUGUUGGGUCCACUGCUGUUUGUCAUUUUUAUAAAUGACCUGGAUGAGGGCGUAGAAGGAUGGGUUAGUAAAUUUGCAGACGGCACUAAGAUCAGUGGAGUUGUGGAUAGU